CUGGCUUCGCUGGUUCGGGCAUCGUCUAAAGAUAUGGGAAGUUGAGGGGUUGUUCGCUCUAUUUAUAUCAAAUUGUAUGGAAAUUAUUUCCCGUGUCGCAGCUCACACCCCUUAACAUCAAAUAGCGAAGUAGGAUUGGUUAACUUUUAAACAGACAACCCACCCACAACUCUCCUCCCCGUUGUUUGUUUUCAAGUUCCCGCAUUUUUGGUAGCAGUUUUUUCCCCUCGACCAAGAACAUAUAGUGCCCACUAUGUGCACUAUUGAAUCUGACCUUUUAAAAUAGGCAUGGAUCAUUCCAACUCAGAAUGUUUAUGAAUGUGAAUUGCCUAUGCCAAAUACACCUUAACUAACUUGUAAAUAACAAUAACUGAUAACUAAAACGUACCAAUAACUAUAACAAUAAUGAAAAGAAGUGUUGAUUUUACUUCAACUUCUAUAAGUUUGGAUUUUGGGAGAAAAUUCAGCCUUUUUAGAUCAGAAGGUGUAGACAAAAACUAUGAUUAAAAGGAUGCCAGCUAGGCUUAGGAAAAUAUUUGAGCCAAAAUCUAAAAUUGAAUCAAAGCGCCAACAAUGGGUGCAACACCUGGGUUUAGGAACCUGAGUAAUGAGGGGUCUCUGGGACGACCAUAUUGAGAAAUUUCAGUUUCAAAAUCCCUUUUAGAUAUUUAUUUUGCAACAAGCAGAACUGGUCAAUAUUUCCUGCUGUAGAAGAUUCUAAGCAAAUGGUUUGGAAUUGCAGUUAGGACGUGCGAUUGUUCUUUUGAAUCAUUGAAUAACUAUUAUAGUUGUACAAAGUAUCAAUGUCGUUCCUACUUUCUUUCGUAGUGAGGUCGGGGUGGGCGUGUUUUUGUGACGUACUCGACUAAAAGUCCGCGCAGUCUCCAUUCACAAAAAGGAAGACAGCGUUUAGUAGUUUUCACCAACGUCCUCUCUAUGGGAACUAGUACGAGUUGUGAAAAUUCUCUUUACAGAUUCGUCCAACUCCCAAUCGUAAGAAGAUAUAACCAUGUCUGGUAGAGGUAAAGGAGGCAAAGGCCUUGGAAAGGGCGGUGCAAAGCGUCACCGCAAGGUUCUCCGCGAUAACAUCCAGGGUAUUACCAAGCCUGCUAUCCGCCGCCUGGCUCGCCGUGGUGGUGUGAAGCGUAUCUCUGGUCUCAUCUACGAGGAGACUCGUGGUGUGCUGAAGGUUUUCCUGGAAAACGUGAUUCGUGAUGCCGUCACCUACACCGAGCACGCCAAGAGAAAGACCGUGACAGCCAUGGACGUCGUUUAUGCUCUGAAACGCCAGGGUCGUACUCUGUACGGGUUUGGUGGUUAAAGAUCAGAUCUCUCCCUUAACUUUGACCAAAAGGCUCUUUUAAGAGCCACCCAAUUAAUUUUAAAAGCUUUAUGCCAAGGGUAAUGCGAGUUAUGAAUUCAACUAACGCCCCGUUUCCAAACAGUUUCCUGUUGGUAAUAUGUGCUAAUUGCUAUUUUGUGUUUUGACUUGGAAAAACACACUUGUGUUUGUGUUGAUGU